AUGUCGAAAAAACUGAGCGAAGUACGGAAGUGGUUAAGACUGCGAAAACCGAUUGAAGACUCAGAUCAUGAAGAACGCUAUCUUCGACGAAUAGAAAAUGGAUUAGGAGCCUCUCCAAUCGUGGAGACGUCUUCUUACGUAUAUUUCGGGCGUUCGAUGAAAAUAGAGAACGAUUUGAAAGAUUCAGCCGCCUUCAAGCUAAGGAAGCCACAGACCAAUUCACGGACCCAAACGAGCCAUCUGUUUGAUUCGGUUGUUCCCCUGCUCUAUUACGCAGCAGAGAUGUGCCCGACACUGUGGCUACGUCGAAGGCUCUUCGAACAACCCACAGAACGCUAG